UUGUGUCUGGUCAUGGCAGUGGUAAUGGCUCGUUCAUUAUUUCCAUUGGAAGCCAAAGUGGCGAUGUGCAUCGCACACGCGGACUCGACUUUGGAGUUCGUCGGACUUUCGGCCGCUAAGGGUUCAUAUGGGAACUUUAAAGAGGUUGAUCUUAACGAGAUACCGUCAGAGCAAGUAAAAAGGCUUCACGUUCGGUUACAAGCCCUGCAAAAAGCCGUCGAUACGGGCCGUCGAUUCUUCCCUAACUGCUCGGAAGUUUUGGACCAGCUGUUAGAGGACGACACGUUGGGCCCACUGCUAUUGGAGAAAGGCAGUCCAGAAGAACAACGGGGCAAAAGGAUGAUCUAA